CAGCCUCAGAGCAACUUGGAACCAGCCGUGAAAGGAGGCUUGGGGUCUGGGUCUGCACCGGCCUCGUGGGCAGGGGCACACCAGCUCCCAAGAAGGCCCUGGAAUUCUGUGCCCACAUUCACCACUUCCUUCUGCCCUGGAUUUCCUGGCAAGUGCUGCUGAAGUGGUGUGGGUGGAAGUCCUGUGGUCCCUCAGGUUGCAGGCUCUGCUGAGAUGGGGCCCAGACACCUUUUCUGGACAGCCACAGUGGCAGCGCUGCUCCUGAGUUGGGCUGCUUCAAGGGAAGUCUCUCGCUUCUGCGGCCGCCUUGAGUACUGGAACCCUGACAACAAAUGCUGCAGCAGAUGCCUGCAGCGUUUUGGGCCUCCUGCCUGCCCUGACUACGAGUUUAUGGAAAACUGCGGACUGGAUGACUUCGGCAACACCGUAGCACAUACUUUCAAAAAGUGUUCUCCUGGGUAUUGCAACCCCAAUGGCACAGAGCUUUGUAGCCUCUGUAGCAGCGGAGCCACAACCCCCACACGCAUGGAGAGCCACAGUAGAAGCCAGAAGCAGUGUAGAAAGAAACCCAUCCCUCCCAAGGAGGUCUGUAAUCAGACAGCUGAACAAACAGGAGUCUCUAGCUUCCCAGGACAGGGGCAGACAACCAAGAAUGAGGCCUCUGCCCUGCUGCCCCUGACAGCAUCGUUGCUGGUGCUCCUGAUGUUGGCAGUGGUCUUGCUCCUUCUGUUCAAGAGAAAAGCCCGUUCCCAUCCCUGUCCCAGCUUGGCUUUUGGAGAUCCCAGCGCCUCUGCACACUGCCCCUCUCCAGGCUCCCUGGAGGUAUUGGGAAGUAGGAGCACUGGGAAGACACCUCUGCUGCAGCUCUCAAGCUGGGAGCUUCAGAGCCUGGCCUCACAGCCCCUGGCUCGCCUCCUGGACGAGCUGGAAGUUCUGGAGGAAUUGAUUAUGCUGCUGGACCCGGAGCCUGGGCCUAGCGGAAUCAUGGCUUGUGGUACCACACGACACCUGGCUGCAAGAUAUGGGUUGCCUGCCACCUGGGCUACCUUUGCCUACUCACUGCGGCCCAAUCGCUCACCCCUGAGAGCCCUGGUUGAGAUGGUGGUGGCAAGGGAGCCAUCUGCUACUCUGGGACAGCUUGGCAUACACUUGGCCCAGCUGGGGCGGGCAGAUGCACUGCAGGUGCUAUCCAAGCUUGGCUGAGUCAGGGUUUGCAUUCAAUAAAGUUUCUCUUGA